AUGCCUCCCAAAGCCGCUCGUUCAUCAUCUUCCGACCCUGCCUCUAGAGGGGGUGAUGAUGAUGCAGUUGAACAGCUCCGUUGCUCUGGUCUUCCAAUCAGUGAUGAAACAGAACUUUUUCUUCAGAGUGAUGCUUCGCAGUUCCCUGCUCACCCUGUUGGCAAAUGGGUUACCCAGUUCAAACGUGAUGUCAAAUAUAUCAACAAAUCCAACAUUCUUACGGGUUCGAGUAACUACAUUAAGUGGCGGAGUUCCGUAAAGGCGCGGAAUGUUGAUGCUCAAUAUUGGAAAAUUAUCAAUGAAUGCCAGAUGGACAAUUCGGACUCCUCCCAAAGAGAAAGAAGCCUGCGAAACCAGCAGAAACUAAAGCUGCUCAGGACUCUUAUGAAACCUGAGACCUCUACUUCUGCGGACAAUACUAGCACUACGACUAUUAACCGUGGCGGUACCCGCGGCUGCGGAAGAGGAGGCGUUCUAACAGAUGUGGCCGUGGUGUCUCCGGAAUCAUGGCGAUCCUUCAACGCUGCCAAAUUGAAGGAAUUUAUGGAUCGCAAAAACAACUUCUCUAUAGAUGAAUUCGCGAUGGCCAGCAUGGCAGACCUUUCCCCCGGAUUAUAUGAUUAUGGAGAAAGUCUUCUACCAUCUCCUGAUGAUAUAACGGUUGCCGAUAUUGGCGAUGAUCUUACGAUUUGGGAUAAUGGUGCUGGCUGUCAUCUUAUACAUGCCAAAACUGCCUCUGUCGAUAUCCACACCUACUGGCUACAUCAAGAAGCACUCGCCGGGCGCAUCCACGAUAUCUACACCUCUACGAACGAGAUGAUCGUCAAGGGCCUAACGAAGGAAAAUAUCGCUGCACGACGAGCGGCCGAGGAGCAACAAGAAGAUAUAGAUAUGGAAGCAAAAUUCUUCAUCGAGAGGUACUGGAUAUAUUCAGAAAUAUUGCCUAUUCGGGUGCCGUCUUUGUUGUCCUCAGCGGCUCAGCUGGGGAACCUGCCGUUUUGUGCCUACAUCAUCAGAAUUUUCAUAUUGUACAAAAAUCGCCCAAUAUUCAAAAAGCUUUCCAUUCUGUCAAAUGAUUUUUACCAUGACAUUUUUCUCUACUGCUUACGGGAUUAUCAGAGGAUGUUCGCAGAGUAUGUGACGAAUGUAACGAGCAAAAUGAAAGAAACAGAGAGCUCAAAGGCCCCACGAGCGUAUUCCACUACUUCUACGAAUACGUCCAGUAAUACCACUAUGAAAUGCGAAUUUUGCGGCACGUUAGGGCACGGUGAGGGUUGGUGCAACAAGAAUAACAAAACGUACCCCCUGGAGAUGUCACCGUAUUCGCUGGUAGAGAGGAAUCAGCCGGGAAAGGAGUGGGAUCAGUUAUUAUACCUAUCAAAUCAACCCCUCAAUCAGUUAUAUGAAAAUAACAAAAGUCUUAUACGUACCUAUGACUUCUUUAUUAACAUUGUGUCAAGCAAUCCUUUUAAAAAGGUAUUGGCGCUGAUGAGGUCAAUUCUGUUCUUCGAUAUUCAAAAACAGGCGAAGUUUUUUGUGCAUUCGAUAAGAUCCAUGGCAACUUCGUUAUAUGGCAUCGCAACUGUUCGUGUGAACCUCAAGCAGACCAUCAGAAGUGCAUGA